AUGUCUUUUAGAUCACCUGCUAAAAAUACUCCAAAACCAAAAGCUCCUGUUAAACGAUACAGAGCUGGUCAAGUGCCCGAAAACUAUGUUGAUGAAUUAUCUGAUUCCGAAGAAGAAUAUGAAGAGCAACAACAACAACAGCAGAAACAACCACAAACCACCAAGGCAGAAUUGACAUUUGCUCAAAAAGAGGUCCGCACUGGAAUCAAACAGACUACGAUAUCUGAACAAGAGGCAAGUACAGAUAGAAGACUUCGAAGGUUGCAACAAUUACAACUAGAUGACCAAGACAGAUCUGCAAGAAGACGUCAUGUCCAAGACGACGAUGAAGAUGAACAAGAAAAGGCCAGGGAACGUAUGCGAUUAAAACAAAGAGCUUUGGAACAACAAGAUGCAUUAGUACAAAAUGUUGAAGAAGACGAAGAGGAAGAAGAAGAACAAAAGUCAGAGGAAGAAGAAGAAGAAGAAUCAAGUGAAUACGAAUCCUCAAGCGAAGAGGAAGACACACUCGCUCGUUUACCAAAACCUGUAUUUAUACCAAAGGCCAAACGAGAGACUAUCUUGCAGCAAGAACAAUUGGCUAAAGAACGAGAGGAGCGAGAGAGACGCUUAGAAGAGGAAUUAGAAGAAAGAAAGAGACAAUCUCAUAAUAUGUUGGCUGAGGAAUUGAAACGUGAAAGAGAGGAAGCAUUGAAUAAAGACUUGUCUGAAUACGAUGAUAUACCAGAUGAUACAGACAAAGUGGAUGAGGAAGCAGAGUAUGAAGCAUGGAAGCUAAGAGAAUUGGCUCGUAUUAAGCGUGAUAGAGAAGCUCGUAUUGCACGAGAGAGAGAAGAAGAGGAAAUACAACGUAGAAGAGAGUUGCCAGAAGAAGUUCGUUUAAAGGAAGAUCUACAAAAGGCAGAAGAAACAAGAAAGAAGGAAAAAGGACAGUAUACAUUCUUACAAAAAUACUACCACAAGGGUGCAUUCUAUCAAAACACAGAAGACGAGAUCUUUAGACGUGAUUAUACUGCACCUACAGUGGAUGAAGUUCGUAAUAAAGAACUGUUACCAGAAGUUAUGCAAGUCAAAAAUUUUGGUUUAGCAGGUCGUACAAAGUACACACACUUGGUUGAUCAAGACACAUCAACAAAGGACUCACCUUGGUCAAAGCCUCUUGCAAAACGUAGACGACGCAAUGAGGAUGCUUAG